AUGGUGGCCUCAGUAAAACGUACUGUAAGAAUCAAGACACAACAGGCGAUUUUGCCAGAUGUUCCGCCACCAGUGGAGAACUUUCCUAUGCGCAAAUGGAGCAUUGAAAUAUUCCUACUAGAUGAACAAGGAAACGAGAUUCCAGCGACGAUUUUCGACAAAGUUGUGUAUCAUUUACACCCUACAUUUCCCAACCCAACCAGGACGUUCACGAAGCCUCCGUUCAAGAUUGAAGAACAAGGAUGGGGAGGUUUCGAGCUUCUUAUAAGUGGCCAUCUGCUCGAAAAAGGCGGAGAAAGAAAGCUCACGCACGAUCUGCAUUUCAUGAAAGAGGUUUACGAGGCCGACCACGUUAUUCAAAUUCCCAUCAACAAACCGCUGCUCAAAACAGAAUUGAUGAAGAGUGGGCCUGUAGACGAAGCUGCCGUAUCCGCAGCUGGAACCCCGGUGUCGAGCACGGUCGGUGGAGGCGAAAAACGAAAAGCAGCAUCGGCUGCAGAGUCAAAGAGCAAGAAAGCCAAAACCGGAACAGGCAGUGCGGUCAAGGGUAGCGUAGAUCUGGAGAAACUCGCUUUUGGCCUCACCAAACUCAAUGAGGACGACCUGGUGGGCGUCGUCCAGAUGGUCACAGACAACAGAACCUCAGAUAUGAACAUCACCAACAACAUAGAAGAGGGAGAGUUUAUCAUUGACCUCUACAGCUUGCCCGAGGGCCUGUUGAAGAGUUUGUGGGAAUACGUCAAGAAAAACACCGAAUGA